CGGCUGCUGAGUUACUGGCGCUAAAAUGGCUCCUUCCAGGCGGCUAAAAUCUAAGCCUCGAAGUACCGACGCCUCCCUGUUCGCCUUGCACCGAGGCUCGGACGAGGCCCAGUCCUCCCCCGGCUUGUCGCAUCUGAGGCCGCAGCCCCGCGCGCUUCGUACGUGGUGACGCAACGCUGUAGCGUGACGUUCGGAGGAGAGUUUCCCAGCCGCGCUCGCGCGUGUUCGGGGACGGUUGCCGUGGUAACGCUUCGCCGAGCCUGGCCUAGGAUGGCUGCGGCGGCGGGGGCAGCGGUGGCCGCGGCGACGGCCGAGCAGGAUGACGGGCCGCCCCUGCCAGGGCCCCCCGUGGGGCGACGAGCCGUCUGCUCCCGACCCUACUUCGUAGUGCUGAUGGUGUUCGCGCAUCUCUACGUGCUCAACGUGCUGGGCUUGCUGCUCUUCGUGCACAUCAGCUCCGACGAUGGGGGGGACCCGGAGCCGAGGAAAGAGUCUCCUGGCCCCGUGCAGGAUGCGCCUGUGCAGCCAGUUUCUUCAGGCAACUCGGACCCUCAGACUCUGCCUCGCCUGCAGGGCAUUAAGGUGGGCCAUAAACAGAAGUUGGAACUGGUUCCUAACAAAAUCCAUGUUAUGAAAACUCUCAGCCUGAAACCACUUCUUUUUGAAAUCCCAGAUUUCCUGAGUGAAGAUGAAUGUAAAUUAAUUAUUCAUUUGGCUCAGCUGAAAGGCCUACAGAAAAGCCAGAUUUUGCCCACAGAAGACUAUGAAGAAGCUAUGGAAAUGAUAGAUAUCAGCCAGAUGGAUAUCUUUAAUCUGCUAGAUCACAACCAGGAUGGACAGCUGCAACUGAAGGAGGUACUGACACAUACCCGCCUAGGAAAUGGUAGGUGGAUGACACCUGAGAGCAUCCGAGAGAUGUAUGCUGCAGUGAAAGCAGACCCAGAUGGCAAUGGUGUUCUGAGUUUGGAAGAGUUUAAACAAUUGAACAUUCGAGACUUCCACAAGUAUAUGGGUAGCCGAAAGGUGAAAAUGAGUGAUCUGGUGCGGAACAGCCAACAUACGUGGCUGUACCAAGGUGAGGGGGCACAUCAAGUCAUGCGCUCCAUACGGCAAAGGGUGAUUCACUUAACCCAUCUGCCGCCAGAGAUCGUAGAACACAGCGAACCGAUGCAGGUGGUCCGCUAUGACCAGGGAGGGCAUUACCAUGCUCAUAUGGAUAGUGGACCGGUGUUCCCUGAAACUGCCUGUAGUCACACCAAACUGAUUGCCAAUGAAACUGCUCCAUUUGAGACGUCUUGCCGCUACGUGACAAUACUGUUUUACUUAAAUAACGUGACAGGAGGAGGUGAAACUACUUUUCCUAUUGCAGAUAACAGGACAUAUGAAGAGUUG